GAGAUGACCCAAAAGAAGGGUUGCCAGGAAGUGGUCGUGAUAGAGUACAUUGUAGUUGACGUGAUAAGCGUCGUUUUAAAUUAUAGUUCAAAGAUGAGGAUGAAAAUCCGCGACUCCACAAAUGUCAUGAUAUCGAAUCUAGUCAAAGUUCAAAAAGUCUAAGGUGAAUACAAAUUGCUUACAGAGGGGAGUAAGUAUAAAGACAUUCGUUGACUGCUCCAACUUCUACGAAAACAACAUCCAUUCAUCGAACUUUCAAUCUUCAGGAAAUAUCUCCAAAUUUCAGACCUCUACUUUCUCGAAAGCAAGCAAUACACUAUGUCUACUCCAAAUCAAACUCUUGGCGAGUGGACAGCGGAUCUCAACGACAUCCUUUACAUGCAACCAAAUAACGAAGUUGCUCGCAAAGCGUUUUAUGAGCUAGUUGAUCCCAGUCUCUUCAUGAAAAUCAAUCACACUGUCUGCUCGUAUAGUCAGUUUGUAUCAAUCUUUGAACAAGCACGAGAGACCACAACAAUGUUCAAAGACACAUGGGAUGUGCUUCACGAAUGGCAAGACCCAGAGAAGAAGGAUGGCGUUGUGGCGAUAUCCACAAAAUGGAGAAUCAAGGAUAAUGCAACAGGCGUGGAGACGAAGAAGCAUAAUUUGGCGAUCUGGGAGGUCAAGAUAAUUGAUGGAAAGAGAAAGCUCACAGCUAUGACCGAAGUGGAUUGAUUCUUAGUGGCAUUACAUGAGCUGAGAUGCAAUAGCUAGCUAUCUCGAACGCAAUCUCUUUGAGUCUUCGUCUUGAAAAUUAAGUACUUGUUACUUUUUAGAGCUGGCUCUUUAGUGCGCUGCCCUCGUGAUUUUUUUCUCAUAUUUAUGUGACCGGAAAGUGCCUAUAUAACA